UCGAGUUAGCUAUCUUGCCUUCUUCUUAUAUAAUCAAAGAAAACUCAGCUCCCUAAUGAGUUAGCCUCCAUUGUUGCAGAACUUGAAUACCUUACUCGGGAGGGUACUGAAUUCGAAUCCAAAGACAUAGAAAUUUAAGGCAUGGCUGCAAAAUUUAAUUGCUGUAUGAUGCUGUGUUGUGCUAAAAAGGUCUCGUCAAAAUGUUAGUAUAAAUGAAGCCAAUGAUCUGGAGCAUUUCUGCACCUUGGACGUUAUCAAGAUUCAUUACUGCUGAGCUCGUGAAAAAGGAGAGUCCUCGUUGUUUCUCAUCAGGUGAGAGAAGAGAUGGCGACGGACGCAUACAAAGAGGCAGUUGAGGAGCUGUCGAAGUUUCUCAGUGAAAAGGCCGGUCUCCAGAGCGUCGCCGUGGCAAAAAUCAAGCAGCUAACCGCCGAGUUGCAGGAAUUGAAAUCGGGAGCAUGUGAUCCCGUCGAGAAGAUGAAAACCGGAUUCCUCCACUUCAAGACAGAGAAAUACCAAAAGAAUCCUGAACUGUACGGCGCCCUUGCAAAAGAACAGAGCCCCAAGUUUAUGGUGUUUGCAUGCUCAGACUCUAGAGUUUGCCCAUCUCAUAUCUUGAAUUUCCAACCAGGGGAGGCUUUUAUGGUGCGAAACAUUGCGAGCAUGGUCCCACCAUAUGACAAGACAAAGUAUUCUGGAGUUGGUGCGGCCAUUGAAUAUGCAGUGUUGCAUCUCAAGGUAGAGAAUAUUGUGGUUAUUGGACACAGUUGCUGUGGCGGUAUAAAAGGGCUCAUGUCUAUCCCAGAUGAUGGGACCACUAAGAGUGAAUUUAUAGAGCAAUGGGUCAAUAUUUGUGCGAAUGCAAAGAACAAGGUGAAAUCAGAUUACAAAGAUCUAAGUUUGCCAGAGCAAUGCAAGCAUUGUGAGAAGGAGGCUGUGAAUGUAUCUCUGGGAAACUUGUUGACUUACCCAUUUGUAAGAGAAGCUGUGGUGAAUAAAACCCUCGCUAUUAAAGGUGCAUAUUAUGAUUUUGUGGUGGGUACCUUCGACCAAUGGGAUCUCGAUUCCAAAGUUUCACCAUCUUUGAUAGUAUAAGAUAAGCAUCUUGCAUUCCUACCAUGUCUUUGGUUUUCUCUUGUAAUGCAUGUUGUACAUGUUCUUAUGAGUAACUCAGCUGGCAAAAUAAGCAGUAGUUUGCCUGAAAUACGAUGUAUUUCUGUUUUUCUUUUUUUAUAAAUAAAGUUAAUAUAUGGAGAAAGAGAGAGGAGGAGGGUCCUAUUGUGUUAGUUUUCUUGUGUUUUGAUUGAAAUUAUGACUUAAAAAAUCUAGUUUUCUUGA